CUAGUGUUUGCAUACCAAGGACAAGGGGUUGCAGAGCCUUCUAAGCAAGAAAGCAAGCCAGCAGCCUAGACCUACACAUAUUUGAAUCACAUAGAAGCAAGGCCUGGUUCCGAGAGGUUCCGCAACAAUGCGACGAAUGACGACCAUUUCGGUUGGCGUUGUUGUGCUUGCGACGCUUGUUUUGGCAUCCGAGGGUCGCAUUGCGCGAAAGGACUUGAGCCUAGACUUUGGUGGUGUAAGCAUAGGGACCGGUACAGGUGCCGGUAUAGGGAUUGGCAUAGGUGGUGGUGUUAGUGGUGGUGCCGGCUCCGGCUCCGGCUCCGGCUCCGCAUCGGGGUCUGGUUCUGCGUCGGGAUCAGCCUCCGGUUCGGGGUCUGGCUCGGGGUCUGGUUCAGGCGCUGCAUCAUCAGCGGGUUCAGGUGCGGUUUCUGGCGGGGGGUCUUAUGCUGGGUCUGGUGCAGGCUCAGGCUCGGGUGGAGCCUCUGGCUCUGGUGCUGGUUCAGGCUCCGGUGGAGCCUAUGGUGGAGCAUCUGGCUCUGGUGCUGGUUCAGGUGCAGGCUCCGGUGGAGCCUCUGGCUCUGGUUAUGGUCAGGGGCAGGGAAAAGGCGAAGGCCAGGGCCAGGGCCAAGGAUCUGGGUAUGGCCAGGGUUCCGGCUCGGGUCAUGGACAGGGUUCAGGCUCUGGUUCAGGUUAUGGUCAAGGACGUGGUGCGGGAUCAGGAUAUGGCGAGGGCCAUGGCGAAGGUUAUGGUCAAGGAACUGGUGAUGGGCAAGGAUCCGGAUAUGGUGAGGGCCAUGGCGAAGGCUAUGGUCAAGGAACUGGUGCUGGGCAAGGAUCCGGAUAUGGUGAGGGUCAUGGCGAAGGCUAUGGUCAAGGAAAUGGGGCCGGGCAAGGAUCUGGGUAUGGCGAAGGUCAUGGCCAAGGCUCAGGUUCAGGAUCUGGCUAUGGUGAAGGCUCUGGUAGUGGUUAUGGAAAUGGGGCCGGGUCGGGCUACGGCGAAGGUCAUGGAUAUGGGUAUGGAUCUGGACAUGGUAAAUGAUUAAGAAGUGGACUACUACGGUAUUAAUAAAGUAUGGUUGUCUCGAGCUUCAUAUUUACACUUGGACAUCAUCUAUGUGUGUGAGUGUGCCUUUGAUCCUAACUAAAUUGGUGGAGGGUCAAAUGCAUAACCCUGCCAUCUAGCUAGGUUCAAGUCUUGCACUUGGACUUUAGAAUGUAUGUUCCAGUCCUAUUAAUAGUACAUGUAGGUUCUCCUAUAUGUGCUUUAAUAUGCAAUUACUCAUAAAUAAAUUCCAAUGUUGAGUAAA